CCUGGUUCUUAGAAGACAAAAUGCUUCUAGCCCUGAGCCUCAGUCUGAUGUAUGCAGUUGGUUCCAAAGAUCCAGUUCUGUUACAGCCUCAGCCCUCUCAGGCAGAUAGGGAGGGAGAGGGUUUGAGGUAAAAGCAGCCUCGGUUGACAUGCUGACACUUGGAGGUAGGACAGGCAUGGCAGACCCCAAACUAUAGACUUAAGCAGCUGCGAAGAGAACCGAGGAACUAGGGUGGAGGUGGGGCCUCGUGAGGCACUUCCUCUUGCGCGCUUGCGCACCUACCCAAGCUCUGAGCUUUGCACAGACAGCCUCGCGCCCUUCAACAGCAGUUGCUCACUCGGAUGCAGCAGGUCGGUAACAGUUUCUCCAACCAGAGCCCCAGCGUGGCCCUCGCUGAAAGUAACCCGGUGGCCACACUGCCGGUGAGACUGCUCAGGGAUGAUCAGGUCGCUGUGCAGGGCAGUGACCAUGCUAAAAGUUUCCAAAUGAAGAUGAAUGCUCAUGGCUUCACCCCUGAGGAGCUGGUGGUGCAGGUGGACGGCCGAAACCUGAUGGUCACCGGCCAGCGGCAGAUAGAGAGUACCGACCCGGUUAGGGGAGGUUACCGCAUGGAACAGAAGGUGCACCGGCAAAUGCAACUACCUCCGGGCCUAGAUACCACCGCCAUGACCUGCUGCCUGACCCCUUCUGGCCAACUGUGGGUCCAAGGCCAAACCCAGUCGCCGCAUCCUCCUGAAGCCCUAACAGGAUCAUCAAGUUUCAGAAGCCGUGGCUCUAAGAAGGGUUCAACCUAGCUUGGCCUAGUAAACAACAACCGUGGUGUGCAGCAAACUUAA